CGGGUGGCCUGCGACUGGGGCAUCGACUCGAGCGCCCUCGAGGACAAGUGCGGCGUGUGCCUCGGCGACGGCUCCCAAUGCAGCACGGUCACCGGCCUCUUCGCCACCGGCCACGGCGUCGGCUACAAGCAGGUGGUCGAGAUCCCGGCGGGCGCCUUCAACGUGAGGGUCGCCGAGGUCUCCAGCGCCCGCAACUUCCUCGCCCUCAAGGGAGAGUCCGGAUAUUAUCUCAACGGGGACUGGUACAUCAAAUGGAGCGGGGAAUACGUGGCCGGCGGGUCGUACGUGUACUACCAACGCAUGAACGACACCGAGGAGAUCUCGAUCCCCGGACCCGUCAAAGAGCCGCUUCAAGUCAUGUUGCUGUUUCAAGUGGAAAACCCGGGAGUGACGUGGGAAUACACGAUUGCGUCGGAGAAUACCACCCGGACGCCCGAGUACCAGUGGGAGUACCUCGGGUGGACACCGUGCACCCGCACCUGCGGCUCCGGCAACCAGGCACUCAAAACUCCUAAAUAA